AUGGAUCCUAAUGAAGAGAGGAGAGCAAUGAAGGCGCGUAAGGCUCACUACGAUAGCCUCCAUUUUGUAACAGACUCGAUGUUGGGAAUUCAAGAACGGUGUGUAUGUGGGAAACGCUUAGUGCGCGAGAGAGCUCCAGCAGAAGUCUUUGACUAUCUACCAGGGAAGAGGUUCUUCACCUGCAAGGAGUACAAGGCAAUCGAGGAAGAGAUAGGGAUCAUGAAAACGCGUCUGGAAAAGCUGGAAGCCGAUAAUCAAGAGCUGAAGGCAGAGGUUGGGAAGCUCACAGCCCGAAUGUCUGAGCUUGAGUGUGGCCCUUAA